GCAGAGCGGCGGGGCCCGGGCAGCCCGGGGCAGCGGCCGCCGCCAUGAAGAAGCAAUUCAACCGCAUGAAGCAGCUGGCCAACCAGACCGUGGGCAGGGCUGAGAGAACAGAGGUGCUCAGUGAAGACCUGUUGCAGAUCGAGAGGAGGCUGGACACGGUGAGGUCUGUGUGCCACCUGGCCCAGAAGAGGCUGAUUGGCUGUCUGCAGGGCCAGCAUGGCACUGACCCUGACAAGAGACAUAAAAAACUUCCUCUAACAGCUCUGGCCCAGAACAUGCAAGAAGGAUCCAUCCAGCUGAGUGAUGAAACUCUGCUGGGGAAAAUGCUGGAUACCUGUGGGGAUGCAGAGAACAAACUGGCAAUGGAGCUCUCCCAGCAUGAAGUGCAGAUUGAGAGAGAAGUUCUGGACCCACUGUGCCUGCUGACAGAGACAGAGAUCCCCAACAUUCAGAAGCAGAGGAAGCAGCUUGCAAAGCUGGUGCUGGACUGGGAUUCUGCAAGGGGAAGGUAUAACCAAGCCCACAAGACUUCAGGAACAAAUUUCCAAGUGCAUCCUUCAAAAAUAGAAUCUCUUAAGGAAGAGAUGGAUGAAGCUGGAAAUAAAGUAGAGCAAUGCAAGGAUCAGCUGGCUGCAGACAUGUACAGCUUCGUGUCCAAGGAGGGCGAGUACGCUCGCUGCUUUGUCAUGUUAUUAGAAGCACAAGCAGAUUACCAUAGAAAAGCAUUAGCAGUCAUAGAAAAGGUCCUCCCCGAAAUUCAAGCCCACCAAGACAAAUGGACUGAAAAGCCAGCUUUUGGAACUCCCCUGGAGGAGCAUCUCAAGCGCAGCGGGCGGGAAAUCGCCGUUCCUAUCGAAGCCUGUGUCAUGAUGCUCCUGGAAACAGGGAUGAGAGAGGAGGGCUUGUUCAGAAUUGCUGCUGGAGCCUCCAAGUUAAAAAAGCUGAAAGCUGCCCUGGACUGUUCCACUUCCCAGCUUGAUGAGUUUUACUCAGAUCCCCACGCUGUUGCAGGUGCCCUGAAAUCCUAUUUACGGGAGCUGCCAGAGCCUCUCAUGACCUACAGCCUGUAUGAGGAGUGGACACAAGCUGCAAACAUUCAGGACCAGGAUAAGAAGCUCCAGGAGUUGUGGAGGAUUUGUAACAGAUUACCUGAGCAUUACAGAGUUAACUUCAGGUAUUUAAUCAAAUUUUUAGCCAAGCUUGCCCAGAACAGUGAUGUUAACAAAAUGACACCGAGCAACAUCGCCAUAGUCUUGGGCCCCAACUUGUUGUGGGCAAAAAAUGAAGGAUCCCUUGCUGAGAUGGCAGCAGCCACUUCAGUGCACGUGGUGGCAGUCAUUGAGCCCAUUAUCCAGCAUGCAGACUGGUUCUUCCCUGGGGAUGAAGAUUUCAAUGUGUCUGGGGCGUUUGUGGCAGUUCCUGCUGUGAAUUCCAAUCACUUGUCACACACUGGGAAUGACUUUGAAUGUGGGACCCUGGAGAGGAAGAGGCCUCUGAGCAUGACUGUGAUGGAAGGGGAUUUGCUGAAGAAGGAAAGCCUGAGGAUGGCUCAAAGCUUUGGUGUGAAGGUGCUGGACUUCCCCUCGACCCCGCGGCGAUGUGGCACUGUAAACAGAAAGCUCACAUCGCCCGCCUUCCAGCCACCGCUGCCGCCCUGCGAGCCCCCGGGCACUGAGCAGCCCUGGCUGCCCUCGGGGGCUGAGCCCGGCCCUGGGGCUGCCUCUGCUCCUGCUGCUGCCCCUGCAGAGCAGCCCCAGCCUCCCGGCCCUGAGGAUGCCAGCACCUCGAAAAGCAAGGACAGCACCUCUGCAGCCACUCCUCCCCCGGUGAGGAACGGCCAGGCCAGCCCUGCCCCAGCACCCAGCUCCUCCCAGCUCUCUGUCACCCAGCCCCAGAACGCUGCUGGCCCCAGUCCCCACGCCCUGAGGAGAGCUGUGAAGAAGCCGGCACCAGCUCCCCCCAAACCAGCCAACCCUCCCCCAGGACAGCCAGGAAGCCAAAGCUCUUCCCCAGCUGCUCAGGCACCUUGUGUGUCUCCCAAACCCCCGGGCAGCAGCUCCUCUCCUCCUGCUCAGCAUGCAAACCCAGGGGCAGCCCAGCCCUGCUGCCCCUCGCAGGUUUCUGCGCCUCGCAGAUAUUCCAGCAGCCUCUCCCCCAUCCAAGCCCCCAACCACCCACCCCCACAGCCCCCAGCACAGGCAACUCCUCCCCUGCAGCCCAAAGGCAGCAGCCAGGCCUCUCCUGGGGAGCAGGGAGCAGGAGAGGGCUCCUCUGUGUCCCUGUCCCUGUCGCAGACCCCCACUCCCCCCGACACGCCGCCGCUGGGGAAGCAGCCGGGCCCUGCCGUGCCCCCUGAGCCCUGCCAGGCUCCCCCCCCUGCCCAGGGCAGCUCCCAGCCCCGGCCCAGGCCCGUGCCCAAGCCCAGGAACCGGCCCAGUGUGCCCCCUCCUCCCCACCCUGCAGCUCCUGGGGAUGGCACAGCUCAAAACCCUGCACCAACAGCAUCCAAAAUUGUCACAGACUCUAAUUCCAGUAUUCCAGAACCACUUGCAACCCCUCCUCCAGAGCUUCCUGCAGAGGCAGCGGGCAGAGAGCUGCACAACCACGUCCUGCUGGACAUGGACACCGACACGGAGAGCACGGCGCUGUGACCGCCCUGCCUCCCCUCCCGGCACAACCAGACCUACAGGGAACAGCUUCUUCUGGCAGCCUGCCACAGCUGCCCACAGCUGUCCACAGCUGGCACCUCAGCCUCGUGGGCUCACUCAUCUCCAGCCUGGCUGAGCUUGGAGGAGACCUCUCCAAAAACCCAGCCCAAGCUCCGCUGGCGCCCGCUGAAGAAGUUGAAUGAUCUGGGUCUGCACAACGGUUUCACACUCUUGGCUGGAAGGAGGGAAGGAAUUCCUGCAGGAGCUGGCCUGGGAGGCAUGGUCAGUGCUGGUACAGUGGUGUCAGCAGGAAUGCCAGCAGGAUCAGCAGCAGAACAUUAGUUAUUUAAGUGCAUGUCUGUAUAGGGCAGUAAUCCCUCUCAGCACCCCCGAGGCUCUCUGUAGUUCUUAGCCCGUUCCAGGAGCUGCUCCAAGCCCCCCUCAAGCCCUGAACCAAACCCCUGCCCCAGUGCUGGUGGUGACUGCUGGUUCUCAGUCACCCUGUGGAACUGUGGAUGCACCCAGUGCCUUGAAGGACUGUUCCUGUCUCUUUAAUCAUUUCAUUGCUACUUAGGAUCAGUACUUACCCUGAUUUCAUAGUUAUUUGUAUUAACCUGCUUUGUUCAUGUGCAACUGGCAACUGUUUGACCAGGAAACCUGGAAAUGGGGUUUGUGCUUUUGUUGAAAACGGUUGAGUUUUGAAAGAACUUUGAAACAGCUGUUUGGGUUCAGCAGUUGAGUGAACAUUUAUAAAAUUAAAGAUUGUUUUUUGUCAACUUAA